AUGGCUUCAGAACAAAUAAUGCAUGUGGUUGCGAAUAGUUCAUCUUUGCCAGUUCAACGUUCCUUUUCAUCUCCGCCUAUUGUCCCGAUUCCCCGUGAUCCAAACGCUAUGGAAGUCGACGUUAACGCUAUCAAUGCUCGCCCAACUUUUCCGCCCUUGCCGAAUGGAAUUUUGUUUCAAUUUUUUGUCAAAUUCUGUCAUGCACGAAAGAUGUGCCAUAAAUGUUUAAAGCCUUUGUGUCCUAACGCUCCUCCAAAGACGACUCAAGAAAUCAAAACUUUUAUGAACUUUCAUCAAUCUCGAGGACCUUCUUCAGUUUCAGCUGUGUCAGCUUUACCUCAACAUAUGCAACGUGCAAAUAAUCAUCGUCAACCUCAUGUUUCAGCUCCUCCUAGAUCUUUUCAAGAUGUGUCUGCUGGCUUUGCUCAAGUCCCGUACAAGGUCCAGUGCCUCUCCAACAUCCUGGGUUUCCGCAAGCGAUGGGUGUUCCAGCAGCGGUAG